AUGAAUAAAAUCCAGCUAACAUUGCUAUUUUGCCAGCUCAUAGUUAUCACUACUGCAAUCAAAGUGAUCAACAAUGGCUUAGCACCACCUGAAAUUGUUCAUUCACCCAUAGCAGUCAAACCGAGGUGUAUUGUUAAAGCAGAACCGUUAGAUUUGGUAUUUGUGCUGGACAGUUCAGGUUCGUUGAAGAAUAAAUUUCAAGAUGAAAUCGAUAUCAUUCGUCGGAUCGUUAAUCAUGUUACCAUCGGAGAACUCGCUACACGGGUUAUGCUUAUACAAUUCAGUGGUGUUCAACAUUUGGAGUUUAAUUUUAAGAAAUUCAAGGAUCGUGAAGAUAUUCUUGGUGCUCUAAAUGUAUUGAGGCAUGUGUCAGGCAUAACACGAUUGGGUGAUGCAUUUGAAUAUACUCUUAGUAUGCUGAAUGAAGAAAAUGGAAUAAGGCCUUCAAAUGUACCAAAGAUAAUAUAUUUAUUAUCGGAUGGUCGGACACAUGAUUAUCCCAAAGAUACAGAAAUGGCAGAUUUAUUGAGGCAACGAAUUAGCAAUGUUGAUAUCUAUGCUUAUGGAACUGGUGAAUAUGUUGCUAUGGAUGAACUGAUUGCUAUUACGAAGGAUCCAAAAAAAAUUGUAACAAAUCAAAAUUUGGAAGAUUUGGAGCCAAUAUUUGAUCGCUGGAGGGGCACUGAAGUUUGUGAGAAAUUACCUGUUUGCAUCCGUGGAUCUGACAAACCACUUGAUUUGAUCCUAAUUAUUGAUUCUUCCGAAUCAGUUGCUCACCUUUUUGAUGAACAAGUGAGAUUUGCAAUUGAACGGAUCGUCAAAAACAUUAAUGUACAUCCGGAUGCUGUCAGGUUGGCUUUAAUUACUUAUUCUGGGCAAGUAUAUAUUCAUUUUAAAUUCAACGAUCCACAUAUUGGUAACAAUACAGCGGUAAUAAGGCGUUUAAAUGCGUUGAAAUCAAUUAAGGGUACUACUUCGACACAUAUGGCAUUAUAUCAAGCUUACAAAUUGAUAACGGACACUGAUAGUGAAAGUGGAGUACGUGAAGGAAUUAAAAAGAUGGUUAUCAUAUUCACGGAUGGACACUCGCAGUAUUCACCACAAGAAAUGGCGCUACGUCUUAAAAAUGAAAGCGUGGAAAUUUUCGCGAUAACGCUAACCCCCUCACCAUAUGCAGAUGAAAGCGAACUAUUAAGCAUCACACAGAAUGCAGACCAUAUUUUUACGCCUGUUAAUUUAAAGGACUUUGAAACUAAAUUUCUCCCAUAUAUUGGCUUUGGUUGCGUUGGCGUAGAUUUGGGAUCUAACCCAGAACCAAGGAUUCGUGGUGCUACCGAUAUCACCUGUGACAGUAAUUCUCUUACAUUUACUGUCCGAACACGCCGGACAAUGACAGGCAUUAUGUAUGCACAGCAGUAUUACGAUGAUACAAGAUGUAUAACUGAUGGAUCAUCAAGGGAAAUCUCAAUCACAUUUUAUGAAGGAACAUGUGGCCUUAUUAAAAUGCCAGCUACGCAACGCGAUGGCUAUGUAUUCAAUAUUACUGUGAUAUUGCAAUUUCAUCCAAUGAUCAUCACAAGAGCUGAUCAAGGUUUGAGUAUAUCAUGUUUCCAUCAACAACCGGUACCACCACAAGAAGUGGGUCGUUUAUCAAUUAAGAAACUUACUGAUAUCGAAUGCUCAUAUCGACUUCAUCGAUUUGCGCCCGAUCAGUGCGUUCCAAUGGAUGCUAAAGUUGGAGAAUCGUUAUAUCAUAGAUGGGAAUGCGAUAGUCCAUCAAAUUAUCACUAUCUGGUACAUGAUUGCUUUGUCAAAUCAGAAACGAAAAAUGUGCUAAUUAUGGAUUCCAACGGAUGUGAAGUAGAUCCAUAUUUCCUGGAAACUCCUGAUUACACGAAAUUUUCUGAGAACUGGAAAAACAAUGCAUAUGUUUUCAAGGAAAUGAGUGUAUUCAAAUUCCCGGGAGAUGGGAAUGUUGUCUUUCAAUGUCAAAUAUCAUUGUGUGAUAUGGAAAGCAAUGAUCCAUGCAAGACUAUGAUUCCUCCACGCUGCUCAUCUAAUUCGACGUUAAGAAGGCUAGAACGUGAAACACAAGCUAAGAUAAAACCCGGAUUCGCAAUGACCUUUAAUGUGGAAACCCGAACGUUAAAUGUUUUGGAAAAUGAAUCAACUCGGCCGGUUACUUCUAUUAACACUGAAGAAAUAGUGGAUUCAAAGGGAAGAGUUUUACCAAGACAAAUGAUUCGUAUCCAAAGAACUGAACCAGAAGAAAAUGUUGUACGAACUGAGCUCCGGUUCGUUAUCUACCAGUCGAGAAAGGAUAUAGAAGAGAAGGGUCUUUAUGAGGCAAGACAAUUCAACAAAAUUAUUAUUUAUGCUUCAAAGUAUCCUAGUGAAAAAUUAUUGCUUUUUAAAGAUGAAAAUAUAGUCAAUGAAGCGGUACAUUGUCUAAUGAAAAAAUAUGCGGAGAUGAACGCGGGAGAAGCACUGCCAUCACAUGCUCCAAAAGUUGAUAAUAGCAAAAUUACAAAGACGCUAUCAAAGGACAACAUAUCAAAGUCAUCUUCCUCAAAAUUAAACACUGAUAAGGAAUGGAUAGAAGAAACUCAAAAACGACUAGAAUCGGUGGCAAAACGAGUGCAGACAAUUGGGAAAAGCGCAACCUCGAUUGGUCCUGAAUUUGACGCUUUCCAGACGCAACUAACGUCAUUGUUGACUGAUUUAGAGGAACGGAAAAAAGCUGGUGGUAGUCCUGAUGCUACUUAUGGUCAAGUUAUUCGCGAAAAACUUGAGCAAUUGCAACAAUUCGUUGCAACAACUGCUCGUGUAAGGAGUUACAAAGAAUUUUCAAAAAAUUUGUUAGAGCUGUGA